CACAAUUCAAACAAAGUUAGAUUUUAUUAUCUCCUUUUCCUUUUCGUUCCUCCCUCUUUAAUGCCAACAUAAAUAUUCGGAGCUUGAUUAAGCAGUUGUUUUCACAUUUUUUUGGUCUUCUACAGCGGGAAAUGUCACUUUCGAUCAUAUUAGCAUGUAAAUUCCAGCAAGAGACCCAUACGCUAUGGUACACAGAUACAGAGACGUGGAAUCCAUAAUAGAAGAUAUGAUAUCCACUACCACCAGAGAGAAAAAUAAGCUCACUGGCCCGGACACUGUUCACACUUCUUCAAUGCCUGUUCGUACAUGUCUGUGGAGUUUUGUACAAAAGGUUGUUUGCUGGGUUCCAGCAGAUUCUCUGAGAAGCAGGUUGUUUGGUGGAGAAACAAGCUAGAUCAACCACACCACAUUUUCUUAGCCGUGUAACAGGACCAGACACCUGAGCAGAUUAGAUAAGAGGUGGCAAAGCGUAGGAAAAAAGAACAAAUGUUUAUGUGAAGACUUUGGCAUGUGAUUGAAUGUACUGUGUAAAUAUUUUUAGCUUCUUGCCUCAUUUUGAGUUCAACCUUGAUUUUGAGUUCAUGUACAGUAACUUACUAACUUUCAAUAAAUAUUGUACUUUUGUUCGGUGCAACACCUAUUUUUCGGAUGAAUAUUGUAUCAGGUUUUAAAACAAAGGUAAGAGAAACUUGAUGUCAUCACUCAAUCAAUUUAG